AUGGAGGCAUUCCAUUUCCGUCAGCAAGAAUGGCCUCUUAAUGGGGAAAACAGCUUCAUCACCAAAAACGACAAUUAUGACCGGAACCACGGCCCAAUUCAGCACAAAAUCGGAACUGACCACCGAGUCACAGUUGACGGGGAAGGCUUCGUCUCCAGGACCCUUAGUCUCACCGUCGACCAGCUCAUGAAUGACUUCCCGCAAGCCAGGGUGGCCUGCACGCUGCAGUGCGCAGGAAACCGCCGACACACCAUGCGCACCCGCAUCAAGGAGGUCUUGGGUGUGGACUGGGAAGAUGCUGCUCUAAUGACAUGCGUGUGGGAGGGUCCUCGAGUUCGUGACAUCCUGCUCGCGGCCGGAGUCCAAGAUCACCAUACCAUGGGUGACAAGGUACGACCCAAGCAUGUCCACUUUGCCAAUUACGGCGGCAGGACUCAGGCCGACGAGUGGUAUGGGGGCAGCAUUCCCUUCGGCCGGGCUAUGGACCCAGCCAUGGAUGUGAUCCUGGCGAUCAAGAUGAAUGGCUUGCCACUGCCAGCCCGACACGGCUUCCCCGUUCGUGCCAUCGUCCCAGGAGUGCUGGGCGCUCGUUCUGUGAAAUGGCUCGACCGCAUCACUGUCUCCGACAGGGAAUCACCAUGUUUCUAUCAGCAGCGUGACUACAAGAUUUUGCCGCCCGAGGCCGUUUGUGCUGAAACCGCCGAGAAGUAUUGGGACCAGUGUCCCUCGAUGCUGGACAUGCCCAUUAAUUCCUGUGUUGCACACCCAACCUCGGGCUCCACCAUUGUUCUGCCUUCUUCCGGGACGAUCGAAGUGCUUGGGUAUGCCGUUCCACAAGGCGCCCAAGGCCCGGUUGUCAGAGUUCAGGUGUCUGGAGACGAAGGCAAAACUUGGACCGAUGCGCACCUGGAGGAUGGCGGCAAAGAUGCGAGCCGGUGGACCUGGACUUUGUGGCAGGCCGAGAUCAAGAUGGAGAAGGGCAAAGAUAAGAGGAUUUUUGCCAAAGCCACAGACGCUGGAGGCAAUACGCAGACCUGUGAACGAUCAGCUUGGAAUCUGAGAGGCGUGGCUUACAAUGGCUACGAAGCCGCAUUCGAUUUGACCAUUCUCUAG